AUGUUCGUGCGUCGAGGAGUUAGGUUUUUUGCAACCGAAUGUAAACGCAAGACAACAACAUGGGAUCCACUUCACUCCCUUGAGCUCAAUCACACAUCUCUUGUUCUGCUCGAAAGAUGCAACUCCAGGAAUCAAUUCAAGCAGAUCUUAGCAAACAUCAUGAGAAUGAAUCUCAUAUGCGACACGUUUCCCAUGAGCCGUCUUCUCGUAUUCUCAGCGAUCACUUAUCCAGACAACAUCGACUUAGCUAAGCUCCUGUUUCGUAACUUCACACCAAACCCAAAUGUUUUCGUUUACAACACAAUGAUCUCUUCUUCUGCUGUUUCAAGCUCGAAGAAGGAAUGUUUUGCUCUUUAUGGGGAUAUGAUUAGACACAGUGUUUGUCCUGAUAGGCAAACGUUUCUGUACUUGAUGAAAGUAACGAACUUUCUGUCGGAAGUGAAGCAGAUUCAUUGUCAUGUAACUGUUUCUGGGGUUUUGUCUGAAGGGGAUAAUAAUUACCUGUGGAAUUAUCUUGUGAAGUUGUAUACGGAGUUGGGAGGUUUGGGUUUUGCAGAGAAGGUGUUUGAUGAAAUGCCUGAACCAGAUGUUAGUUCGUUUAACACUAUGAUUGUUGGUUAUGCUAAGAAAGGGUAUUGUUUAGAGGCGAUGAAGGUGUAUUAUAAGAUGGUUAGUGAUGGUAUUGAGCCUGAUGAGUAUGCGGUGUUGGGGAUUUUAGUUUGUUGUGGUAGAUUAUCUGAUGUUAGGAUUGGGAGAGGAGUUCAUGGUUGGAUUGAGAGGAGGAAGCCUGGUUCUUCGUCUAAUUUGAUACUGUGGAAUGCUGUUUUAGAUAUGUAUUUCAAAUGCAAAGAGUCUGGUUUUGCGAAAAGAGUGUUUGAUAUGAUGGCGAAGAAGGAUGUUUGUUCUUGGAACACCAUGGUUGGUGGCUUUGUUAAGCUUGAAGACAUGGAAGCUGCUCGGGAUGUUUUUGAUCAGAUGCCUAGAAGAGAUCUCGUCUCUUGGAAUUCUCUGCUUCUUGGUUACUCAAAGAAGGGAUGUGAUCAGAGAGUUGUUAGAGAGUUGGUUUAUGAGAUGUUGAUAGGGGAGAAGGUUGUUCCAGACUGUGUCACUUUUGUAAGUUUGAUAAGUGGUGCAGCAGACAACGGAGAAAUUAGCCAAGGAAGAUGGGUACAUGGGUUAAUGAUCCGCUUGGGAUUGCAAAUUGAUGCCUUUCUUGGCUCGGCUCUGGUAGAUAUGUACUGCAAAUGUGGUAGCAUCGAGCGGGCUUCUAAGGUUUUCAAGACAGUUGCUGUGAAAGACGUCACGCUAUGGACAACAAUGAUAACUGGGACUGCCUUCCAUGGAAAUGGCAAGCAAGCUCUGCAACUAUUUGAAGAUAUGCAAGAAGACGGCGUGACGCCGAACAAAGUCACUCUCCUCGCUGUCUUAACAGCUUGCAGCCAUAGCGGUCUCGUGGAGGAAGGGCUACACGUUUUUAACCACAUGAAGGAGAAGUUCGGUUUUGACCCUGAAACCGAGCAUUACGGUAGCCUUGUUGAUCUGUUGUGUAGGGCGGGGAGAGUAGAAGAAGCAAAAGACAUAGUGCAAAAGAAGAUGCCAAUGAGAGCAAGUCAGUCAAUGUGGGGAUCAAUCUUAAGUGCUUGUCGAGGAGGAGAAGAUAUUGAAACUGCAGAGAUGGCUUUAACGGAGUUGCUUAAGUUAGAGCCUGAAAAAGAAGGUGGAUACGUGUUGUUGUCUAACAUCUAUGCAGCCGCUAGAAGAUUUGGGUAUUCAGACAAGACAAGAGAAGCAAUGGAGAGUCGUGGAGUAAAGAAGGUUGCAGGAUACAGUAGUGUAGUAGGAGUAGAGGGAGUUCAUAGCUUUGUGGCUACAGAAAAGCAGAACCAUCCAAGAUGGCUUGAGAUUAGAAGAAUAUUACAUCAUAUAUGUGACGAAAUGAGUUCAAAUUUUGACUUGUUAAGAACAGAGAUGAAUUAGCCA